UUGGCCGUUGACGCGAGAGGACUUAUGUCGCUCUAUAUUUUACAUUUUUUUGUAUAAAAUGUCGAAGUGCCUACGGACCAAUAUUAGUGAAAUUUUAGUCUAAAUGAAAAUUUUGGUGUAUUCCUUUUGUGAUAAAACAAUAGUGUUACUAAAACAAACUCUUUUUAAGUGUUUUCAUAGAUAAUGUCUGACCAUAAAAUACCAAUAUGUUAAUGUGAUAUCAAUGCUGUAAAUAUUAUAUUUUUUCCUGAUUUUCUAAUAUCAAAACAAAACCAGUUACCUUAGUAAGCAAUAAAACUAGAUUCAAACUAAAUCUGAAUUUAAAAUACAUACCUAGUCACGGCCUAAUUACUGUCAAAAUUAGAAAAAAGAAAUAAACAAACAGACCAGACGUUUCGCUUGUAAAGGCGUCGACAUAACGUGAUCAUCGGUGAAGACAUAUCAUCUUCAGUGAUGGUGAUGGCCAGCGGUGGCGGUGGUGGGCUGGUACAGUCCCCACCCGAUAUGAUGCAUCAUCACAACAUUAUGGACACUUCAUCACAUGUCGAGAUGAUGCCCAAGAAGCUGCGGUUGUCGCUGUGCGUGGGCUGCGGCGGCCAGAUCCACGACCAGUACAUCCUCAGGGUGGCGCCGGACCUGGAGUGGCACGCCGCCUGCCUCAAGUGCCAGGAGUGCCGCCAGUUCCUCGACGAGUCGUGCACGUGUUUCGUGAGGGACGGCAAGACGUAUUGCAAGAGGGAUUACACUAGGUUAUUCGGUACAAAAUGCGACAAGUGCGGCGCGUCGUUCAGCAAGAACGACUUCGUGAUGCGCGCCAAAACGAAAAUCUACCACAUCGACUGUUUCCGGUGCUGCGCGUGCGCAAGACAGCUCAUACCCGGUGACGAGUUCGCGUUAAGAGAAGGUGGCGCUUUGUACUGCAGAGAAGACCACGACGUUUUAGAAAAGAGUGCCAACUCGAGCGGAGGUGGCGCCACCAAUGCGGAGAGCAAUAAUAAUACAACGUUAAGCAACAACAAUUCUCACCAUCCACACGAGCUAGGAUCUAUGUCGGACUCUGGCAGCGAAUCGGGGUCGCAUAAGAGUGGUCGCGCGCGCACCGCGGCCGCCGCCGACGGGAAACCCACGAGAGUUCGCACCGUGCUCAACGAGAAGCAACUGCACACGCUCAGAACAUGCUACGCGGCGAACCCACGUCCGGAUGCGCUGAUGAAGGAGCAGCUCGUAGAGAUGACGGGUUUAAGUCCCAGGGUUAUCAGGGUCUGGUUUCAGAACAAACGUUGCAAGGACAAGAAGAAAACCAUGCAACUCAAAAUGCAAAUGCAGCAGGAGAAGGUGGAAGGGCGACGCAUGGGCUACAUGUCGAUGGGCGUGCCGCUGGUGGCGGGGUCGCCGGUGCGGCACGAGCCGGCCGGCUCGCUGGCGCUGGAGGUGACGGCGUACCAGCCGCCGUGGAAGGCGCUCUCCGACUUCGCGCUGCACGCCGACCUCGACAGGGCGCCGCACCACAGCGCCGCCUUCCAGCAGCUCGUCAAUCAGAUGCACGGCUACGACGUCCCCUCGCUACCACCGCCGCGGCCGCCGCACAGCACCGAAGACAACUACGUAACGUAUCUAGAGAGUGACGACAGUCUCCCGCCUUCGCCCUAGUGCCGCCUCACGUAAUGCUCGCCCCUAGAGCGACACACAAGCGAGAAAACAAAUAAACUUUAUACCAAAAGGAAUUUAUUGAAACUGCAGAAAAAUAGACAUAGUGCGACAACCCUACAUUAACUUUAUACCAAAAUGAAUUUAUUAAAAUUGCAGAAAAAUAGACGUAGUGCGACAACCCUACUUAAUAUAAUUGAUUACUGCAUUACUUAAUUUACAUUAAUGCUAUCCACUCUCAAUAUUAUAUAUUUAUUUAUUUUAGUAAAAAAUGUCCAAAAAUAUUGCAAAAUUGUAAAUGUAAUUUGUUUCAUAAAUUAUACAAAUUUUUCACCUUUAUUACAUACUGUGAAGAUUAAAACUGUACAAGUAUCAAAAUUGUAUAACUUUAUAUCAAGCAAACGACGCCUUGUUUGCUGCCAACAUUACAGAAUAAUGUACAGACUUUAUACAAUUAUUUAUUUUCUCUACAUUUUCUAAACUUUUACGUAUCCAAUUACUUAGUAAUUACCACUGACUUAUUUAUAGAUGAAUUUCUUAAAACUGAAUCCCUAUAAUAAUAAAAUUUACAUAGUUUCAUUUAUAAAUAAAAUAAAUAAUGGCAAUAAAAAAUAUUAACUUUGAAAUUUAUAGAUAGAUACUAACAAACAGAAAUAUAGAUGGAUACAUUAACAUCAAGAAGUAAAAUCGAAUGGAAAUUACUUAUUUUUAUGUCACAAAUAAUGAACUUGUGUAUGUACUUUUACCGUACUCACUUUUUUAUUUUGCCUAAUUAGAGUUUAAUAAAUACAGAAAUAUAUGGCAACACUUGAUAAAUACUUG